ACUAUACACUUGUUAAAUUGAUAAAUGUAAUUUAGGCUAGAUAUGAAGUCUUGUUUUCAGUCUUGCAUUUUGAUUUUUUUCAUUAGAGUGAUUAUCCGCGGCAUCAUUGGUAUUAUUACCUCUGCCGAUCAAGGAUUUUGGUCAAAAUUUUAUGGAGGUUUGUGCUUUCUGAGUGCCUUUCUGGCUGAUCCAUGAUUCAAAGCUCCUGCUGAAAACGAACACAAGCCCAAAAACCUAACCUGAUAAAACUCCAUCAAAUCACUGUAAUUGACUGUAACCUUUCAUGUGACUUUAUUUUUUACCAACAUUAAAUGGACAUGGAUCUCUGUGACACUACUGCCGCCUUCUGUACGAUUGAGCUCAUUGCACUCAGUAUAUUUUAUGCAUGAAUUGGACAGAUCAAUUGCAUGCAGGGGAUUUAUAUAUUAAAUAUAAAAUCCAAGUGUGUGUGGAAGUAACAGGCUAUUACAUGUAUGACGACGACGUGAAGCAAAUGUUCAGCAAUGAGUGUUCGGCGACACAAGAUUUGGAGAGUGUGUGAGUACCUCUUUAAGGUUUCAGGUGAUUGUUCCAACAAGAGGCAUUCAACGUGACUCUUCAGUAUUGACCAAAGAUUACACACAUUGUUUAAGUAGUAGGUUUGUCUGAGAGGUCUUACUACCAAGGUGUUUUUUAGGAUUAGCUUGGUAGACCCCAACCCAUAAUCCUGCAGACACACCUCUGCCGUGGAGUAUAAAGACCUGGGACUGGGUUCAGUCCAACAUCAAGCUCUGAGACUGCAGAACUCACCAAGCUCUGCUCAGACCAAACCUGAAGAUGGUUCUCUGCGCCACUCUUUUACUGUUCCUGCUCGGCUCCUGUCAGGCUCAUCACUUCAUGCGAGAAGAAGAAAUCCCAGUGGACCACCUCGACACUGUGGAUGUCAGCACCAGGAUUCUGGCCUCCAACAAUAACACGGAUGAGGUUCUAAUGGAAGGAGACCUGAUGGUUCCCAGAACCAGAAAUGCCAUGCGCUGCUGGUACCAGAGCUGCCAGUGGAAGAAAGGCUCCGAUGGCCUGGUGACUAUCCCCUUCACUGUGAGCAGUGAGUUCACCAGCUGGGAGAGGAAGAAGAUUGAGUAUGCCAUGCAGUCUUUCCACACCAGCACCUGCCUCCGCUUUGUCCCCCGUCAGAGCCAGUACGACUUCAUCAGCAUUGAGAACCGAGGCGGCUGCUUCUCCUCUCUGGGCCGAGUGGGAGGGAUGCAGGUUCUGUCUCUCAACAGAAGAGGCUGCCUCUACCACGGCAUCAUUCAGCACGAGAUCAACCACGCUCUGGGCUUCCAGCACGAGCAGACCAGGAGCGACCGGGACCAGUACGUGAAGAUCAACUGGGAGAACAUCGACCCACAGAUGGCCUACAACUUCUACAAGCAGAACACCAACAACCUCAACACUCCUUACGACUACUCCUCCAUCAUGCACUACGGAAGAACCGCCUUCUCCAUCGCGUACGGGAAGGACUCCAUCACCCCCAUCCCCAACCCCAAUGUCCAGAUUGGCCAGAGGCAGGGAAUGUCCUACUGGGACAUCAUGAGGAUCAACGCUCUCUAUCAAUGCUGAUCUUUAACUGAUGUCUCUCCAUAAACUUUCACUGUCUGUCCAGUUCAUUGAAAGUAAACAAAUGUUUCCGCUGCUCAAUAAAAUGAAUCUGUGCAAAAUACUUCAUUAUUGCCUCUUAAUAUUGACUAGCUUCCCUGAAAUGAAGGAAACAUGCCUUUUUCUUCUUCCAUGUGGAGGACUAAACUGAGAUGAUCAGAAAAGUCAAUUGGAUUCUUGCAUUGAGAAGAAGAGAGAAGUGAAGGAUCUUUUUUUCUGUCGAAGGAACAAAACCACCCAGUUGUCUAAAACAAUUUGAAACUAAUGCAGCUCAUCUAUCAAUGACGAAAAGAGCAAGAGACUGAAACCAUUGAAAUUACCGUUGACAGUUGCAGCGCUUGUUUCUAUAAUCAAUAAGGUAGAAUUAUAUGGGGCUUAAUAGUGUUUUGAGUCAGACACGUUUCAUAUUCAGUUAAAAUAGUUAAAAUAUAUAAUAUACAUGAUAAAAUAAAUGAUAUCUAAUCCAAUUCCACUGAUGUUAUAUUUCAGAUUUUCACCCACAAAAACAGUCCAGGAGAAAGUAAUCUAUACC